AUGGGGAACUACAUCUCUUGCACCCUAUCAUCCUCACCAGGCAAAGCUCCAACAGUAAUCUUCCCAAAUGGAAAAACCCAACAAUUCCACCAACCCAUCAAAGCCGCCGAACUCAUGCUCGAGAAACCCAACUUCUUCCUCGUCAACUCUCUCUCUCUCCAAAUCGGCCGGAGAUUCUCAGCCCUCAACGCCGACGAAGACCUCGAGACUUCCAACGUCUACCUCAUGUUCCCCAUGAAGAGAUUCAAUUCCGUCAUCAAUUCCGCCGACUUGGGCCCACUCUUCCUCGCCGCCAACAAGGUCUCCGCCGCCGCCGCCGGCGGAAUUCUUAGGGUGGCGCCGCAGCCGGAGAAGGAGGAGGAGAAUGACGUGGAAGAUGGUUUGGCGGCGGAGUUUAUGAAGCGUAGGUUGUCUGUGUGCAGGUUGAGGAAACCGUUGUUGGAGACGCUUGUGGAAGAACCUGUUUGGUCGAGGUGA